CAAUUUAAUGACAUAAUGAAUUUCCCAAUCCAUAAUAUCAACGCGAAUAACAGACUUUGGGAUAUUGAUCCAAAGAGUCGUUCCAGCGAAUCCAAAAACGUAACACACUCUGAAGUUUACACUGAAAACAUCAUAUACAGCAAUGAAAAGGAACUUUUCAGAAUAUUUAUUUGUUUGUUAGUGUUAGUUGUCAUUAGUGAUGCAUUUGAUGCAACAAUGUUCACUUUGGUAGAAGAUUCUUGCUUGGCUACAAAAGAUAUUGAACAUUACAGGCAGGGACAGACUUUUGGAACCGUAGGAUGGGGAAUAAUUUGCCCGUGCAUUGGUAUAAUCUUAUACAUUUUUAACCAAAAAAUCUGUGGAAUGUAUAUUGGAUCAUUUCAUUACGUUUUCUAUUUUGUAUUUGGAUUUUUGACUAUUGCCUUUUUGUGUGGCAUGUGUCUUGAGUAUCCCUCACACUGCAAGGAUGUUGUUUCGAAAAAGGUGCAAAACCCAAGUUCGAACUUUCAAUAUAGUCUGUUUAAUUUUGCAAUUUCCUAUUCUGGCUUUUGCAACGGAUUUUUAUUGACGUUCACUUAUUGGUUCAUCGAUAGUCUGAGUGGUAGUGCAGUGAUGAUGGGGUUGACAACUGCUGGUCGCGCGGUAGUAAAUAUACUCAUUGAUAUUGUACUAGUUAAAGUCAUUGGAUUUACAGGACAUCAAAUAGUAGUGGACAUUGUUCUUGUAUGUCAUAUCAUAACAUUUGUUAUCUAUUGGUCUAUGAAGUGGCCGUUUCUUGUUAUAUUGGCAGAAAUAUUUCAUGCAACAGCUCACAUUACAAUCAUUCAAACAUGUGCUUCAUUUUUGUCGAAAAAUACUCCAACUGGAUCCAGUCCCAAGAUGCAAGCAAUCCUACAAGGAGUGUACUGGGGAUUGGGAACAGGAUGUGGCUCAAUAUUCGGUGGAUAUUAUCUUGAAUAUUCUGGAUUCAAGAAAACAUUUUUGGUGUUUGCAGUGAUCACUAGCAUGGUGUGCAUCGUUUUCCUCUUCUUGCAGAUUUUACUAUUUCUCAUCAAACCAGAAGUUACGUUAGAUGAUAUGUGGUCAGUCUGGUCUAGUAACAGUAAUUACACAAGCGAAUACGAAGGUUCCUCUGAAGAAUCUGACGAUUAUUAAUUAAUAGUUAUUUUCAUAUUAUUGGAUAAAAACAUUAAUGUUGGAAGGUAUGAUGACUACUAUCUUGCGGUGUUCUAAAAAACAUCAAAAAUUCAAAAGAAUGAAAAUAAAAUGAAUCCAGUAAUAAAAA